UGGUUCAGUGUUGAACGGGACGCGCAGACGACAGGGCCGAGUUGCAAGACAAGACAAGACGCGUCGCAAAACGACUAUAUCAUGAAAAUCGAAAACGAUCACCAUCAGUGUCUGCUGUGGUUCGACGAUUGUUCGGGCGCGGCCGAACCGCAGGACUGGAUGAAGGACGUGGGACUGGACUGGUUCGACGAAGAGCUGUUGAACGACAACGGCGGCUCGCACGACACGUCGCCGCCGCCGCCGCCGCCGUCUUCCAGGCGGUUUUCCACGGAAGACGAGGCCUACGAUUACGAGUACGACGACGACGACGACGGCGACUCUUCGGACGGCGGCCAUAAUUGGCGACACCACGACGUGCCGUACACCAUCGAGUCGUCGGCCUGGCUGAGCCAACAGCAACGGCCGCCGGCAGACGACGAAGUGGCCACCUCGGCCACCGCGUUGCCGUCCAUGAUACCCGGCACGAGGACUUUUGCGGACGACCUCAUCAGACUACGUUCGCCGUACACGUUGGCGCCGCCGGCCAACGUCGAACACUUGGAUGGACGUUUGGACAGUUUUGGGCACACGGUACCAGCACCGGUCGACGGCGACGAUGACUUGGUCGGGUUCGACGUGUCUUUCCUGGACGGCGACGUCGACCACGCCUCCUUCCUCGUGUCCGACAAUCAGGUGGUCAUGACCAGAGACGACUGCGGCGCAAUGUUCGACGUCGCGUUGGAAUCAGUUUUUCAAAGCGAACCCAGGGCCACGGCGGCGGCGGCGGCGGCGGCGACAGAGGGACGCGAAGACGUGCGGACCUGCGAGUGGGAAGGGUGCACGGUGCGAGUGGAAGGCGCAGGUCAAGAACCGCUCGUGCGACAUAUCGAAAAGCUGCACGUGGACGCUGCACCGCGAGGCGCCUGCGCCCAGUACACGUGUCAAUGGCGAGGGUGUCCCAGGCGUGUGCGGCCGUUCAACGCCCGGUACAAGUUGCUCAUACACAUGCGCGUCCAUUCCGGAGAAAAGCCAAACAAAUGCACGUUUGCCGGGUGUUCAAAAGCGUUUUCCAGACUGGAAAAUUUGAAAAUACACCAGAGAUCGCAUACUGGAGAAAAGCCGUACGCGUGUCAGUUUGUCGGUUGCGUUAAGGCGUUCAGCAACAGUUCGGAUAGAGCUAAGCACCAGAGGACCCACUAUGAACAGAAACCCUACGCGUGCACGAUAUUUGGCUGCAACAAGCGUUACACCGAUCCGAGUUCGUUGAGAAAGCACGUGAAAAAUCACACGUCUCAACCGUCGACGAAAAAUCAAUCGAAAACCUACAUUCGACCACAAUUUUUAGCGACUACCACUACGGCUGCUGACACUUCACAAACAGGUUUUGAUCAGAAUAAACAGUUUAACAUCAAACUGGAGAACGUUGAUUGGUGACAACGCGUGAAAGUGAAUACUAUUGUACAUUGAACAAGCUAACAUAAUUACUAUUUUAUUGUACCAGACAAUAAAAUAGCACAUAUGUCUUCCAAUUAAAAUGGUUAUUUUACUUAAUAAAGUAGCAAAUUUUAUUUGUUUUUUUUUAUAUCGUGUCUAUUGAAUGUUAAUUUUACGGGACAGACACUGAUUUUAAUAUUGUGAUUUUACGUGAAAUUAUUAUGUAUUAUAUUUUAAACGCGCAUCUCAUUUUAUAAAAAAAUGUGUUUAUUUACCUUUAAACCAUAUUAUA